AUGUUGCUGUUGGUUAUGAUCAAUCAAAUAUCAGGUAAUGAUGAUUAUUUUUAUUUAUUGACGUUCUCAUUUAAUCAACCAAAGUUUUGUUCAACACCAGCUUGGAAUCCUUUUGGAAUUACUUUUGCUAAUGAAACAACUAUUGGGAAUAUACCUUUAGUCCUUUUUAUCAAUACAAACAACAUAAUUUAUACAGUUAAUCGUCAGAAGAAACAAAUCUUAAUCUGGACUAACAAUAGUAUCAAUCCAAACAAAACUAUUUCUAUCAAUUUUAUUGAGUCAAAUUCCAUCUUUGUUACAAAUAAUGGUGAUAUUUAUUAUGAUAAUGGUGACGGGAAUGGCCGAGUUGAUAAAUGGAUAUCAAAUACAAAUAUUUUUGUUAAUGUCAUGAAUGUUAAUUCAUCAUGUUAUGGUCUCUUUAUCGAUAUUAAUAAUACUUUAUAUUGUUCAAUGUGUAACCAUCAUGUAAUUGUGAAAAAAUCGUUAAAUGAUAGUGAAAUGAUAUCAACAACUGCAGCGGGAUCGGGUAUUAGCGGUUCUGCUUCGAAUCAACUUAAUUAUCCUAAGGGAAUCUUUGUUGAUAUAAACUUUGAUUUAUAUGUAGCAGAUGCUGCUAAUCAUCGAAUUCAGCUAUUUAAAUCUGGAGAAUUAAAUGGAACAACAAUAGUUGGAAAAGGAUCAUCAAAUAACAUUAUUUCACUCAAAGGUCCAUCUGGAGUUGUAUUAGAUGCUGAUAAAUAUCUUUUUAUUGUCGAUCGAUUCAAUCAUCGUAUACUUCGAUCAGGAUCAACUGAUAUUCAAUGUAUAAUUGGAUGUGGUGGACCAGGAUCGCAAUCCCAUGAAUUAGGAUAUCCAGCAACUCUUAGUUUCGAUAGUUAUGGAAAUAUAUUUAUUACUGAUGCAUACACUAGUAACAUUCAAAAAUUUGAUUUGUUAUUAAAUUCUUGUGAUAAUUCAUCGAGUGUUCAAUCUGUGUAUUCAUCAAUGUUAACAAAAAAUCAUCCAACAUACUCUCCUACUGGUUGUGAUCUUCCAAACUACUAUUAUGAAGCCAUACAAAUGAAUGUCAAUGAAAGUCGUUAUUAUAGUCUUAGUAGCGACAGCACUAUCGAUACAUAUGGCUACAUGUAUACAGACAAUUUUUAUCCAUCUGAUUCACUUAAAAAUGUAAUUGUGUCUACCGCUGCAAAUAUACUGGUUGUGACAACAUAUAGUCCAAAUGUAACAGGAAAUUUCUCCAUUAUUAUGUCUGGCAUCAAUAAUGUCACCUUCGAACGUCUAAUAAAUCCUGACAAAUGUAUUAUUGGUGGUUCAUGUAAUGUUCAAACUAAAGGUAUUGGCAUAACUAUUGAUGAUAUUUUACGUUAUGAAAUUAAUCGAAAUGUGAUAUUGAAGCAGCAACCGCUAUUAGUAAAAAUGAGUGUUGCUUUAACAAUGAUUAUAUUUUUUAUGGGUUUAAUCAGUAGUAUUUUAUCACUUUUAACAUUUCAAAAUGCAAAUUUACGAAAAGUUGGAUGUGGAAUAUAUCUUUUAGCAUCUUCAAUAACUUCUCUUCUCACAAUUUCUAUGUUUACAAUCAAUUUUUGGUUUAUUCUUCUCACUCAAAUGAAUUCAUCCAUUAAUUUAUCUAUUCGUCGAAUUGGAUGUAUUUCUAUUGAACCUCUUCUCAAACUUUUUCUUUAUUUUGAUACAUGGCUUAAUGCUUGUGUUGCUAUUGAACGAGCAAUUCAUGUUUAUCAAGGUGUUCAUUUUAAUAAACAAAAGAGUAAACGUCUUGCUCGAUGGAUUAUAUUUAUCUUACCAUUUUGUAUCACAGCUACAAUCAUUCAUGAACCUUUACAUCGCAAUGUUUUCGAAUAUAAAGUGAAGGGCGACGGGUAUGAAACGAUAAAAGAAAUACAUAGAUGGUGUGUAAUUCAGUAUUCCCGUGCUGUUCAAGAUUACAAUACAGCCAUUCUUUUCGUUCAUCUUAUUGGUCCAUUUAUUGCUAAUCUCUUUUCUGCUUCAUUCAUCAUUUUUGGAACUGCUCGACAACGAUCAUUAGCUCAGACGAACCAAAAUUACAUCACACAUAUUCGUGAACAAUUACGUGAACAUAAACAAUUAGUGAUUAGUCCAGCAAUUCUACUUAUACUAUCCAUACCGCGUUUGAUCAUUUCAUUAUUAUCUGGAUGUGUGAAGGUGUCUGAUAAACCUUGGUUAUAUCUUUGUGCUUAUUUCAUUUCAUUCACUCCAUCUAUACUUGUCUUUGUUGUAUUUGUCGUUCCAUCAGAAUUAUACAGAAAAACACUAAAAGAAACAUUAAGAAACUGGCAAGGACGAUUUCGUCAAUGA